AUGCCUCCCGGACCAUUUCCUUAUCCCUUCCUUGGAAACCUUCCUCAAAUCAUAUCAGCAGAUCCUGUCAGACCAUUUAGCAAACUAGCUGAGAAAUAUGGAGAUAUUUUCACUGUUACUUUUCCAAACGGCAACGCUGUUAUCGUGAAUACAGCAACUCUAGCGCGUGAAGCAAGGCUUGCCCCCGGGAGACAAGACGAUCUUAUGGGAAAAUUACCGGAGUCUAUAUACCCCUUUAAAGAAAUAAUGGGUGGUACUUUAAGCACAUCCGAUUAUACACCUACGUAUCUUUUUGAGAAAAAAGUGUUCGUAUCAGCAAUGCAUAUUUUUGGCGCUGGGGUAGAGCAAGCCUCGGUCCGUGCUAGCCACGCUGUUGACAUCGUGAUGAAAGAAAUUGAAAAUAAACCAGGGAGAUCUUUUUCACCUAAAAAUCUCCUCGAAUCCUCCAUAGUGGUACACCUUUGGGAAUGGCUUACAUCGAAGAAAAUAGGGCUGGACGACCCAAUUGUGAAGGAAAUGAUUGAAAUCGACGCGAUUAUGGGCAGACAGGCAUUAAUUGUUACAGUGUAUCAGUUGUUUCCAUUCCUAUGUUACUUACCCACGCAGUUUACUCGUGACAUAAAGCGGGCACAACAGCUUAGAGAGAAGAUUUUCCCACCGGAAUAUCGAUCCCAGGACGAGAGUUACAUUCCAGGCACCGUACGAAAUCUCACAGAUAGUUUUAUCAGUGCUUAUGAAAAAGAGCUUGCCAAAGAAACUGGGAAAGAUAUUGGCUCAAAAGAUAUUGCUAUCCCUGGCUUAAUGAUGAAUGUGGUUGUUGUCGGAUCUGAAACUACCUCGACAUGGUUAAGUUGGUUUUUUCUAUAUAUGGUCUUAUAUCCCAAAGUGCAGAGCAAAAUACACGAUGAAUUGGACGAAGUCGUGGGGCGUGAUCGUCUACCGAACAGGCAAGACGCAGAAAACCUGCUAUAUCUUCAAGCUACCUUGUGUGAAGUCGGACGAGUAUCACAUAUGACCACGCUCGUCGGAUCAAACACGAUUCGUGACAUAACCAUCGGUGGUUACCAUAUUCCUAAAGGAACAUUGGUCGGCCUGAAUCUUCCCAAGGUGCAGUCGGAUGAACGAGAUUGGGCAGAACCCGAGAAAUUUAAACCUGAUAGAUUUCUGGAUGAGAAUGGCAAGUUCGUCGGCUGGAAUAAACUUCAUGGAUUCAUACCGUUUGGCAUUGGUCGAAGAGAAUGCCCUGGUCAAUCACUGGCGAGGGUGAUGAUGUUUUCUUUUUCUUCAAUGUUAUUACAUCAUUACAAGUUUGAAUUGCCUGAAGGAGCAGAGAUGCCAAGUACUGAAGUAUCGAGUCCUCAAAUGGUUGCUCGACCAGAUGAUUUUCUAGUUGUUGGAAAACCGCGAGAGUUGAAGUUACAAGACUGAAGACAAAAUGAUGAAACCAAUGCCAAUAGCAGCUUUGUUAAUAUACAUAAACAAUAUUGGCGUAUUACUGAAGAGACUGUUAACAGAGAAAUUAAUCUAAAUCGC